AUGCCUCUUAUCUAUCUGCAUACCAAUUUGGAGGCAUCCGCACUCAAGGAUGGGAUUGAGUUGAGAAUCGCCAAAACUGUUGGAGAUAUCAUUGACAAACCAAUUGAGAAUAUGCUGACAAUUAUUGUCCCAGGAGUGCGUUUGUUGCGUCAAGAAACAACAGAACCUGCAGCAACACUGAAUAUUUAUUCAGUAGGAUCGUUUGAUUCGACCAGAAAUGCCACAUACACACCGGCUGUGAAACAGCUGGUGAAGAGUGAACUUGGUAUCCCUGAAGAAAGGAUUAUAGUUGUCUACCAUGAUCUAGACAUCAACUUUGUCGGCUGA